AGAUUGCCCGUAGAGAGCGCCGCCAGGAUCCGGCGUCUGUGAUUGGCUGAGGCGCACGUCAAUCACAGCCCGGGCUGGAUCAAGUUGCCCGGCCGCUUGUGUGAGUGUGAGCGCUGGCUGCAGAGAGCGGCGGCGGUGGUGUGAGCUCCGGAGCCGGGCAAGAUGAUGAAGUUUCGCUUUAGGCGGCAGGGGCUCGACCCCCAGAGGGAGAAGAUCAAGCAGGAGCUCUUUGCUUUCAACAAGACCGUAGAACAUGGAUUCCCCAACCAGCCGAGUUCCCUGGCCUUCGACCCCGUGCUGCGGAUCAUGGCGAUCGGCACAAAAUCCGGAGCCGUUAAAAUAUAUGGCGCUCCUGGCGUGGAGUUUACCGGAUUGCACAAGGAAACCGCCACCGUGACCCAGAUGCACUUCUUACCCGGACAGGGUCGGCUUCUUACCUUGCUGGACGAGAACACCAUCCACCUGUGGGAACUGCAGCAGAAGGACGGCUGCUCCUACCUGGAGGAGACCCGCAGCUUCCUCCUCCCAGGACGACCAGGUUCCCCUCCCAGCAUUACUCGCGUGACUGUCAUCCUCGUGGCGGCGUCCUGUGACGUGGCUGCUCUCGGGACGGAAGGAGGCGGAGUCUAUCUUCUCCAGAUCCCAAGCUUGAAGCUCCUGGAAGAUCAGACCCUGCUGCAAGAUGAGAUCCUGCAGAGCCUUCCAGAUGAAUACAGGUGCGGGAAGACCCUGGGGCCGGUGGAGUCUCUGCAGCAGCACCCGCAGCAGCCCAGCAAGAUGCUGAUUGGUUACAGCCGGGGACUGGUGACCUUAUGGGACCGGGAGUCCAGGAAAGCUGAGCAUCACUUUUUGGGGAACCAGCAACUGGAGAGUCUGUACUGGGAGAGCAACGGGUCGUCCUUUAUCAGCUCCCACAGCGACGGGGGGUACAUGGUGUGGGCCGAGAGCAGCAAUUCCUCCACCACCUCCCAGCCCGUCACCUCUACUAUACCAUACGGUCCAUUUCCAUGCAAAGCGAUCAAUAAAAUCCAGUGGCAGUCCAGCAGCUGCGGGAAUCACUUCAUCAUGUUCAGCGGGGGGAUGCCUCGCGCCAGCUACGGAGACCGCCACUGCGUCACCAUAAUGCAAGGGAAGAAUCUGGUGACCUUGGACUUCACCUCCCGCGUGAUCGACUUCUUUACUGUGUGUCCUGUCAAGAGCGAGGACGGUCCUGACAAUCCCACAGCCCUGGUGGUCCUGGUGGAGGAAGAGCUGGUUGUCAUUGACCUUCAGACCCCUGGCUGGCCCACCAUCCCAGCCCCGUAUCUUGCCCCGCUCCACUCUUCAGCCAUCACCUGCUCCUAUCACAUUUCCAACGUUGCCCUGAAGCUCUGGGAACGGAUAAUUCUGUCCGGCGAGCAGCAGAACCCGCACUUCUCAUCUGUGAGCUGGCCCAUAGAUGGUGGGAAAAGUUUGGCCGAGGAGCCUUCCCAGAGAGGACUUCUACUUACAGGACAUGAAGAUGGCACUGUACGUUUCUGGGACGCCUCCGGUGUCGCCCUGCGGCCCCUCUAUCGACUCUCCACGGCCGGCAUCUUCCAGACAGACUGCGACCACAACGAGAGCUCAAACCAGAGUGGAGACGAGGACUGGCCGCCGUUCCGUAAGGUCGGCUGCUUUGACCCUUACAGUGAUGACCCACGGCUGGGCGUCCAGAAGAUCGCCCUCUGCAAGUACAGCAGCAAGCUGGUGGUGGCGGGAACCGCCGGACAGGUUCUCGUCAUGGAUCUGAACGAUGAUAAAUCGGAUCACAUGGUCAGCGUGGCCACAGUCGACCUCCUGCAGGACCGAGAGGGCUUCACGUGGAAGGGUCACGAUCGGUUGACCCCCAGAAACGGCUCCCUGUUUUUCCCGCCUGGAUUCCAGACCACCAUGCUGGUGCAGUGUGCGCCACCGGCUGCGGUCACCGCCGUCUCGUUACACUCUGAGUGGAAUCUGGUGGCGUUCGGCACCAGCCAUGGCUUUGGGCUGUUUGACUAUCAGCGGAGGAGUCCUGUCCUGGCCAGGUGCACAUUACACCCCAAUGACUCCCUGGCCAUGGAGGGGCCUCUGUCCCGGGUCAAAUCUCUGAAGAAGUCUCUCCGGCAGUCAUUCCGGAGAAUAAGGAAGAGCAGAGUGUCUGGGAAGAAGAGGCCGAACACUGCGAGCCCCAACAGCAGGCUCCAAGAGGCAAAUGCGCACCUGGCAGAGCAGCCGGGUCCCCAUGACCUAGAGGUAGCACCUGUGCAGCGGAGGAUUGAGCCACGUUCUGCAGAUGACUCUUUGUCCGGCGUGGUGCGAUGCUUGUAUUUUGCUGAUACCUUUCUGCGGGACGCUGUCCACCAUGGCCCCACAAUGUGGGCAGGCACCAAUUCCGGCUCAGUGUUUGCAUACGCGCUGGAAGUUCCUUCGAGGGAGAAGUUCUCGGAGCGCUCUGCAGAAGCCGUGCUGGGGAAGGAGAUUCAGCUUAUGCAUCGAGCACCAGUAGUCUCCAUUGCUGUCCUGGACGGACGGGGAAACCCUCUCCCAGAGCCCUUUGAGGUGUCACGAGACUUGGCGAAAGCACCUGACAUGCAGGGCACACACUCUGUGCUCAUCGCUUCUGAAGAGCAGUUUAAGAUUUUUACCUUGCCCAAAGUCGGUGCCAAAACAAAAUUCAAGCUGACGGCCCAUGAAGGCUGUCGGGUACGUAAGGUGGCUCUCACCAGCUUUACCAGUUUGGCAUCCGAGGACUACUCUGAGAACUGCCUGACAUGUCUGACCAACCUGGGAGACAUCCACGUCUUCAGCGUCCCUGGGCUGCGGCCUCAAGUGCGCUACGACUGCGUCCGCAAGGAGGACAUUAGUGGGAUCGCGUCCUGCGUAUUCACCAAGUAUGGCCAAGGAUUUUACCUGAUCUCCCCCUCGGAAUUUGAGCGGUUUUCUCUCAGUGCCAAGAAUAUCACAGAGCCAUUAUGCUUGGUGGAAUUCGAUAGACCCCACGACCCUGUGUAUCUCAGGAAACCUUUGUCCCCCAAAAACAACCAAGCCAACGGCACGCACCUUCCCCGGGAGUGUGACGGCACCCCGCUCAUGUCUGAAGCAAAUUCUCGCGAGCACGGCACCAUGUUAUUGCCAUCUCCUCUGGACUCGCCCUUAAACAGCACGGACACCACGCUGGACACAACCGGCGAAAUCACAGUGGAGGAUGUGAGGGAUAUGCUGGGAUCUAACGAGGAGUCGGAGAAAAACCUGAAGAAUUCGGCAGAGGAGACACGACCCCCAGAGAUCCUGAUCAAAUGAGGACCGAUCCGACUGUGGCCCCCUCGCCUCUCCGACCUGGUUUACACCCGUUCUCGCCACAUUGGAUUUUACAAAGCCUCGUCCCGAUGACGCCCGCUCCCCUCCUUCUGGACUGGUGAGCCCCCUCUACCCAGCUCCAUGAUGCCUUUUUGUACUGGUGGAUGAUCACUGCCUCGUGCCUCAUUCCAUGCAUCGACUAAUUAUAUUCUAUGUGAUACUGGACGGUUGAGGGAAGGAGCCCCCCUCCCCCAUACGUCUCUUGAGCCUUUACACCAUGGACUAUUAAGGACUGUGACGCUUCAGUGCUGGCACCUUUUUUAAUGCAUCGUUCAUCAUGGCUGCCGGUCACGGACUGCUGAGCGGAACAGGUUGGUCGCUGAACACGUGACGUACCUGCGUUUGUUUUUUUUAUAUGGACUUGCUCUAUAGAUGCAAGGUGCUGAUCGCAC